UCCCCCUUCGACUAUUCCAAUGCUUUGCGACCCGAGGGGGGCGGGUAUAAAUACUGGCGCGUUGCUCCGCCACAAACACACACCAAAACCACAUCGCAUCCGUUCGAAAGCCCAGAGAGCUAGGAGAAGCGCCAUUGAUUAGCUUACCGUCCUUCAAGUCCUCUCUUUUUUCUUCUCCAAGCCGACAGCCAAGAGCAGGUUGGCCCAUCGCUCGAUCGCAGCCAUGGUGCUCAGCAAGGCCAUCUCCGAGAGCGACAUGUCCGUGCACUCCACGUUCGCGUCGCGCUACGUCCGGUCGUCUCUCCCAAGGUACCGCAUGCCGGAGAACUCGAUCCCGAAGGAGGCGGCGUACCAGAUCAUCAACGACGAGCUGAUGCUGGACGGGAACCCGCGGCUGAACCUGGCGUCCUUCGUCACCACGUGGAUGGAGCCCGAGUGCGACAAGCUCAUCAUGGCCUCCAUCAACAAGAACUACGUCGACAUGGACGAGUACCCGGUCACCACCGAGCUCCAGAACCGGUGCGUGAACAUGAUCGCGCAUCUAUUCCACGCGCCGCUGGGCGAGUCCGAGACGGCGGUGGGCGUCGGCACGGUGGGGUCGUCGGAGGCCAUCAUGCUGGCCGGUCUGGCCUUCAAGCGGCGGUGGCAGAACAAGCUUAAGGCCGAGGGCAAGCCGUUCGACAAGCCCAACAUCGUCACCGGCGCCAACGUCCAGGUUUGCUGGGAAAAGUUUGCGAGGUACUUCGAGGUCGAGCUCAGGGAGGUGAAGCUGCGCGACGGGUACUACGUGAUGGACCCCGAGAAGGCGGUGGAGAUGGUGGACGAGAACACCAUCUGCGUUGCGGCCAUCCUGGGGUCGACGCUCAACGGCGAGUUCGAGGACGUGAAGCUACUCAACGACCUGCUCGACAGGAAGAACAGGGAGACAGGGUGGGAGACGCCAAUCCACGUGGACGCGGCGAGCGGCGGGUUCAUCGCGCCGUUCCUGUACCCGGAGCUCGAGUGGGACUUCCGGCUGCCGUGGGUGAAGAGCAUCAACGUCAGCGGCCAUAAGUACGGCCUCGUCUACGCCGGCAUCGGCUGGUGCAUCUGGCGCAACAAGGAGGACCUGCCGGAGGAGCUCAUCUUCCACAUCAACUACCUCGGCUCCGACCAGCCCACCUUCACGCUCAACUUCUCCAAGGGCUCCAGCCAAGUCAUCGCGCAAUAUUACCAGCUCAUCCGCCACGGCUUCGAGGGGUACAGGAACAUCAUGGAGAACUGCCACGAGAACGCCAUGGUGCUCAAGGAGGGCCUCGAGAAGACGGGCCGCUUCAACAUCGUGUCCAAGGACGACGGCGUGCCGCUGGUGGCCUUCUCGCUCAAGGACCGCAGCCGGCACGACGAGUUCGAGAUCUCCGACAUGCUGCGCCGCUUCGGCUGGAUCGUGCCGUCUUACACCAUGCCCCCGGACGCGCAGCACGUCAUAGUGCUCCGCGUCGUCAUCCGGGAAGAGUUCAGCCGCACCCUCGCCGAGCGCCUCGUCCUCGACAUCGAGAAAGUGAUGUACCAGCUGGACGCGCUCCCGUCCAAGCUCGCGCCCCCUCCCCUGCCGGCGCCGCUGGCCAAGAAGAAGUCGGAGCUGGAGACGCAGAGGUCGGUGACGGAGGCGUGGAAGAAGUUUGUGCUUGCCAAGAAGACCAACGGCGUCUGCUAGUGCCGGCACCGCUAGUCCGCUACACACCAUGGGCAUGGUGUGAGCUACCGAGAUAUCCCCCCCCCCCCCCCGAAAAUUGAGUGAGAGCUAUGAUUAAUUAUAAGUCUAGGUAGAAUGUGUGGCUUAAAAUUUUGCUUUAGCUUUCGAUGAUUUGUUUAGUUGCGCUGCACUGAUCAGCUGAGAGUGGAGAUCGCCAUGCUUGCGCGAAAUGUUGGGUGGCAUAAAUAUACUUAAUUGCGUCAAUUAUCAAUCAGAUCAUCAUUUUUCUGUUUAACGUCUA